GGGUGCAGAGAAACAGAAUGCAGAGAUGGUUAACUGCAUCUCCAAUUUUGCUGCUAACCUGAGCUUGGCCUCUCAGUCCAACUUGCUCUUUGGCAGAGAGGACGGCCUCUGCUGGCCGAUGGGUCAACUCUCUCAAGGCGGCGCACUGACCGUCAACACGAACCCCAACAUCAACAUCAAGUCCGAACCCGUGUCUCCGAACCGUGACCGAAGCACCCCCAGCUCCACCUGCGGAGGAGGAGGAGGAGGAAUGGGAGGAGGAGUCGGCCAGAUUCAGCUCCAGGGGCAGGGUCUAGUUUCGGUGGCGUACCCGGGUACCCUUCGCCUGGAGGUCGGAGGUCAGGGACGCUCGCCAGUCGACAGCCUCAGCAGCAACGGCAGUUCGUACGAUGGCAGCGAUCGGGACGACGGGAACCAGGGAAGAGGAGGCGCUCCGACAGAUUUCCUCCACCAGGGCGGCGUCGGGGGGCAACAACAACCCACCAUGGUCCUCCUGAGGCCCUCAUCGGCUGAACCCCAGGAGCAGGACGGGACCAACGUGAAGAGGAUGAGACUGGACACCUGGGUCACAUGAAUCCGCAGAGGGACGGACGGACAGAUGGAGGAUUGAGAUGGAGAUGUGUACUUGUGGCUUGUGUACAUGCCCCCCACCAGCCCUGAUGCCCCCAAUUUCCUUCGUCGUGCACACACAAACACACACACA